AUGGGUACAAGUGUUGGCGGAUUGAUACUCCUUGAAACCUCCGUUCAAGGCUCCAGUGCUUCAGAAGCUUUGGAGAAAUUCAAACCACUUGCUCGUGAAAUCUUCCCCUCUAAAGCACGGCACAAAGGCCGUGUAAGUCUCUUGUGGAAUUUCAUACGACACGUUUUGGCAGAUGCUGCUUAUGACUCCUUAUCACUAGACACGGCUCUCCAACGGGCGUUUGGUAGCACUCAUCGUUUUUAUGAUACACCUUUACCGACAGCAGGUGGUCGAAUAGCUUUGACAGCUAGCCACAUAGAAAAUGACGGCAAGUUGUCUUUGUUCUCGAACUAUAGGCGCCUUCGCCGGCCUGAGGAGGAAACUUCUUACAUAUCAGUGAUACCAACCAAGUUGGCCGAUGAGCCUGAGGUGUGGAAGGUAUACUUCAAACCAAAAUAUAUCCCUGGCAUUGGAACAUUUCAAGACGGAGGGAUUCAAGCAAACUGCCCCUUGAGAACUGCCAUCCGAGAAAGCAUGAACAUCUGGCCUGGUGCCAGGCGACCGGAUCUUGUGAUAAGUAUAGGCACAGGGUUUGAAAAGUUCAGUCCUGAACGUGGGCAAGAGCAGAGCCAAACCCUUUUUAAUAGUAACUUCGUGGGACGCGGUAUCCGCACUUUUCUUUCCUCGCCCGCAGUAGACGGAUACCGUGGUUUUGAAGAUGCAUUAGAUAAUCUUCCACCUGACUUAAAAGAAGAUGUUUUUCGCCUCGACUGUGCUAUUGAUGGAACCCUGCCUGACCUGGACGAUACGGAACGAAUGGAGGAGCUUUCUGAUAUGCAAUGUCACAUUCCACAGGAGCUCUCGUUGGCUCUAUUGGCGACCUCGUUCUUUUUUGAAUUCGAUCAAGAACCAGUGUUCCUGGAUGGUCGAUUCCACUGUAUUGGAUCAAUUAUGUGUUGUAAACCUGAUCCUAACGGCAUUCUCUCCAUUCUAAGAACGGAGUUUCCAUGCUCACGAUUCGUGAUCCGGAAAAGCGAAGACAUCGGUCCUGUGGAUAAGCAUGAUGGCUGUCAUAUUUGUGCUUAUUACCGCAAAAAGGUUUCAUUUACAGUUAGAAGUCUACAUGAGGACUUUAAACUUGCAAUCGUCAGCCAAGGGGUUAGUCGGAAGAUUGGUGGGUUUCCGACAUCCGUUGCUGCCCUCCUUGUAGCCCAACAAGCGUAUGCGCCAUUCGGGCGUUCUGAUCACCACAGUGAUCUUUGGCCACUAAACCGGCGUUGCUACUGUCAUAUCAGUUUGAAUAAGCGUGAUGGCGAUAAUAUGUUUGACCCUUACAAAAGGAAAAAGUUGAAGCAAGGUAGGGUUUGA